UGACAAGCUGACCGAGGAGGUUUAUCUGCGUCGAAUUGUGAGUAAAUAAGUGAAUUAAAGCUGGAAGUUUCGAAACUAGUUUUUGGUAAAUCAUUCUUGGCGGAAGUGCCCAUCUAGGGAAAAAGUUUAGUUGGAUUAUUUUUCUCGCUUCACACAGAAUACCACAGACCCUUCGAGUUCUCCUCUCACGGGAGCUGACAGGCUAUCAAAUCCUCAGGAAGCAGAGCAUCACCAAUAUUCCGAGAAUGAACUGGAAUAGAGGAAACAGGAGUGGCCCUGCCAAUGUUACGCCCCUCAUGGACGUAGGACUGGCGAAUUUGAUGAUGCAACAGCCGCCGCCGCCCCCACCCGUAAUGGUCAACUGCGGAGAGCUCCGAGCCGAACAUCAGGGCCAAUAUGUAGAGAUGACCGGCCGCUUGGGGAAGAAACGCAUUAGUCGUUUCGCUGAAAUCCGCGACCGACAUGGAAUCACGCAACUUUUGAUAAACGAAGAAAUGACCCCGCGGCUGGCCCGGAAGUUCAGCAACCUGCCCGAAAGCAGCGUGAUCACCAUCCUUGGGAAAGUCAUGUUACGACCGACAUCAUACCGCAACGAGUCCCUCCAAACUGGCGAGAUUGAGGUGGAGGUUGAGGAACUAACGGGCACGAUUAUGCCUGCGAAUCAUUCGUACAACCAGAAGCGAUCGUACAGUACCAUGGCGAACACCAAGUUCAAGGGAAUCACAAGCACCGAGUUCAAGCGCGCCGUUUCCGACAAUCUUAUCAAAUAUUUCGACAACCGCGAACUCACCUGCAAUGACUUGCGCGUGGACGAUGUGGGGAAGAAUGUUCAACUUGUCGGCUGGCUCCACAGUGUUGCGAACUCGAAGUUCCAACAGUUGAAGGACGGUUACGGGCAAACACAGAUUAUUGUUGAAAACCAUAGAUCGCUUGAUAAGUUGGACGAAAAGUCUUUAUUGUUGGUAAAGGGACGUGUUGUUGCCAGGCCGAAGAGCAACAGGAAUGUGUCUAUUGAAACUGGCGACAUUGAAGUUGUCGUAGAUGAUCUGAAAAUAUUAGAUCCCGAGGAACCUUACGAAGGACCUGUCAAAGAAAAGCCACAAAAGCCUACACCUACCGAAGAAUCACCUAAAGAAAGCAGUAGAGCCAUCUCUCCUAUUCCCAAAACAGCAGAUUUAAACAUCUACACCACUAGAACCCAUACUUGUGGCGAACUAACCAGCACCAAUGUUAACGAGGAAGUGGUUCUUUGCGGGUGGCUUGAAUUUCAACGGAUGAACAAAUUCAUUGUACUUCGUGAUGGCUACGGACACACUCAAGUGAUCCUAUCACCCGAACUGAAGGAAAUGAAACUCGAUGAUAUACCAUUUGAGUCAAUCUUAAGAGUGGAAGGCACCGUUAUCCCGCGCCCUACGCACAUGCGUAAUCCAGACAUGAAAACCGGAGAAAUUGAAGUGAGCGCCAAGAAAAUUGAAGUACUUAACGAGGCUAUGCCAAAUCUUCCGAUCGAAGUGCGGGAGCACAACAGGUCGAGGGAGGCAUUGAGAAUGGAGCACAGAUAUAUUGACUUGAGAUUCGCUGACAUGCAGAAGAACCUUCGAAUGCGGUCCGCUGUCCUGAUGAAAAUGCGAGAGUUCUUGGUGAAUCAAGUAGGCUUCGUGGAGGUCGAGACACCAACAUUAUUCCGUCGCACACCCGGGGGUGCACAAGAGUUCGUUGUGCCAACACGAAAUCAUGGGCAUUUCUAUUCCCUCGUGCAAAGUCCACAGCAAUUCAAACAGAUGCUUAUGGCCGGUGCAAUUGAUCGUUAUUUCCAAAUAGCCAGGUGCUAUCGCGAUGAAGCUACCCGACCAGAUCGCCAACCAGAAUUUACUCAACUCGACAUAGAAAUGUCAUUUACAGAUCGCGAAAGUAUUAUUCAACUGAUUGAAGACUUGUUGGUGCAUUGUUUGCCACAGAAUGAGGAACCUAUUACCAAACCGUUUCCGAGAAUCACCUAUGCUGAAGCUAUGGAAAAAUAUGGCAGUGACAAACCGGAUAUGAGAUUUGACAUGAUGUUCAAAAACGUAACAGACAUUUUAGCGACCAAUGCGCAGCUUAAGAAAGAUAUUUCCAACUUCGGAGCAUACUCGAUUCUUGUGAAGAAGCAGAACGCGCAUUUGUCGGCUGCUUUGAAGAAACAAUUUGAAACCCUAGCGGUAGGCACAGGUUGUAAAAUGGUGGCGCAUAAAAUCAACCGGCAAUCAGGUGCAGAAUGGACUAAAGAGGCGCUCAAUAAACUUCUCUCCCAUGAAGUGAUGAAGUCUCUUUGGACUUCAUUGCAACUUGAAAAGGGAGAUUUACUCCUCAUGGCCUUUGGUUCCAAAGAAGCUGCCCAAAAUCUUCUCGGCAAAGUUCGCCUUUUGUACGUCGAGGACUUAGAAAAACGCGACCUCAUUCCUAAACGCAAAAACAACAAAUACAAUUUCCUCUGGGUCGUUGAUUUCCCCAUGUUCACUAGAAGCGAAUCUGACCCGGACGUUUUAGAAAGCACCCAUCAUCCCUUCACCGCCCCACACGAGGAAGACAGAGAAUUGCUCAAAGAGAAAGAAAACUUGGACCAGAUUCGCUCGCAAGCCUACGAUCUAGUCUUGAACGGUCAAGAAAUUGGCGGUGGAUCAAUUCGAAUUCACGAUCAUGAAGAACAACUUUUCGUUCUUGAAGAUAUUCUGAAAAUUCCCCAUGAACACUUACAGCAUUUACUUUCCGCUUUGAAUUCAGGUUGUCCGCCACACGGUGGUAUCGCAUUAGGAAUUGAUAGACUGAUGUCGAUACUUUGCAAUACGAAAUCGAUUCGUGAUGUUAUUGCAUUCCCGAAGGGAUUAAAUGGCAAGGAUCAUUUGUCUAAAGCUCCCGUUCCAAUAUCAGAGGAAGAAAAGGAACUUUAUGGAUUGGUAGCAAUGUCUGAUGUUCCGAUAGAGAAAGAGGAAGAAGCAGAAGAAGAUGAGGGUUCCGGCGCGGAAGAAAUGGACACAGCAGAAGUUGAAACCAAAACUGAAAAAGUGUAAUCGUAGUUGGUAAGGACUUUAGCUCGUAAGUGUGUGUAAAAAGACUGCACUACGCAAUUUGCAGUAGCAUAUUUUGUCGUUUUCCAAUGACUUGAUGAAUUAUGAAUUAUAGAAAUAAAGUAAGUUUAUUGCGAUAA